AGAGCCGCCGCGGUCACUUGAAGGAACGGGCUCGGCGACGCACCACGAGCCGAACGUUGGUCCACUUUCGUCCGCAAUACGCAAUGCGUUUCCGGGAUACAUAGGAAGAUUGUGCUCGUGUGUAGCAGUAUACGGGUUCUUUGGCCUCGUCACAAAGCAAGUUCAACAGCCUGCCGGUGCGCGUUUCUGUGCAGUCACCACAUUCGAGCUGUUACAAUGGGCCUCUUCACUGGCGCUGUGUAUUUCUUCGCCGUCGCGAUGGUAGCGUCCUCCAGACCCGCGAACAAGACCUGCAACGAGACCCUCGAGCAGCAGGUGCACGAAGCCGGCUGCCGGCUGGUUGGCCGGCUGCCAGACCGGUGGCUGCUUCGUUUCGACUCGGUCGGGGGCAGUAACGAGUCUGUGCCGGUUCUGGCACUCGUGUUCGGCCUGGCUGACCCCACAACCCACAUCGAAAGCAGCAAGUGCUCGUCCGAGAUGACCGCCGCACUGGCGAUGCAGGGCAUGGCCAAGGUGGCGCUGCCCGAGUCCACGGCGCGCGUCUUCUUCGCAGCCAAGGCCAAGGUCACCGCAGAA